AUGAUCUCAAAUAAUUUGGCCAGAGUGCUCUUGCUCUUCGGAGCCUACGCAGCCGCUCAAACAUCUACCUCGUGUAAUCCCACCGAGAAAACAUGCGCCGAUGAUACGGCAUUGUCCUCUAGUACCUACACUCAUGACUUCACACAAGGCGAAGAUAGCGACAACUGGAACGUCACCGCGGGCAGCAUCACCUAUGGUAGCAACGGGGCUGAGUUUACGAUCACGGAGUCCGGCGACGCCCCCACUAUUCAGACCAAUUGGUACAUCUUCUUCGGCCAGGUAUCAGUCCUAAUGCGCGCCGCUCCGGGAACUGGCAUCGUCAGUUGCGCGAUCUUGGAAUCGGACGACCUAGACGAGAUCGACUGGGAGUGGCUCGGGGGGAGCGCAGACGAAGUGCAGACCAACUAUUUCGGCAAAGGCAAUACGACCAGUUACGACAGGGCCCAGAUGUCGUCCAUUUCCGAUACCCAGAGUACGACGCACAAUUAUACCGUGGUGUGGACGAAGAACGCCACAACAUGGUAUAUCGACGGCACCGCCAUUCGCACCUUGAAUUACGACGACGCUCUUGGCGGGAAGAAUUACCCCCAAACGCCGAUGAACAUCCGCAUAGGUAUCUGGGCCGGUGGUGACUCCAGCAACGACGAAGGUACAAUCGAGUGGGCUAGAGGAGAAACCGACUAUAGCGACGGACCGUUUACGAUGUAUCUCGAGAAGGUCGAAGUUGUUAACUACAACCCUGGCAGCAGCUAUAGUUAUGGCGACCAGACCGGCGAUUGGGAGAGUAUUGUCAUCAACGACGGAGAAGGAACCACAGCGUCGCCAUCGGCAAGUGCAGAGGAUGGCAGCAGUUCUGCGACAAAGGCGUCAGCAACUUCGACGGGGAUGUGGUGGACGGCGAGCGCGUCCGUGCAGAUGGCGCAGGCUGAGUCUAGUGAAGGCCGGAGGAUUGAGAAUCCGGGAUGGCAGCAUGUUGUGUUAGGAACGUGGAUCAUGUGGAUGGUGUUGUAG